AUGGUGAGAGGAAGUAGGUUGGUGAGAGUGGCAUCAUUCUUUGGGAUGACAAUUGGGGCCUUCGUUUUCUGGCAGUUCAUGGACAGAGUCCAUUCGUGGAUCGCCCUCCAUCAAGACGAGAAGAUCGAGAGGUUGGAGAAGGAAGCGGAGAUAAGGCGAGUCCGGGAAGAGCUUAUCCAGCAGCUGCAGCAGAAGCAGACCAACUCCAGCCACACGGAUCCGUUGGCAUGACCCUCUCCCAUUCUCCACAGUUAAUUUCCUCUUAGAAAAACUCCACAACUAUGAAACAUUCAUGUAAUUCAAUGGAAAGAUGUUAAUUGGCUUUGCUUCAAAGUAGAAAUAGAUGUAAGGAUUUUAUCGUUCACCUGUAUCUGCUCAGUCCUAGAGACAGUCCGUCAAAUACGGAAUACCUGUUACAGAGGCUUAGCAAUCAUCCCGAAUCGAAUAAAACUGUCGGAAUAAUUUUCAA